CAAGUCACCAAACAACUCGUCCCUGAAAUCCCUCAAGAGCUCAGGCACCACUUCAUCUCGCCGCCAUGGACUCUAACCAGUCACCUCCGGCGAAAAUCCUCCUCGGAAAAUACGAACUCGGUCGCCGUCUCGGCAGCGGAAGCUUCGCCAAAGUCCAUCUGGCUCGCUCCAUCGCAACCAACGACCUCGUCGCCGUCAAAAUCAUCGACAAGAAGAAGACCAUCGACUCCAACAUGGAGCCGAGGAUAAUCCGCGAGAUCGACGCCAUGCGCCGCCUCCGCGACCACCCCAACGUCCUCAAGAUCCACGAAGUCAUGGCCACCAGAUCCAAGAUCUACAUCGUCAUGGAGCUCGCCUCCGGCGGCGAGCUCUUCUCCAAACUCCUCCGCCGUGGCCGCCUCCCCGAAUCCGCCGCGCGCCGCUACUUCCAGCAGCUCGCCUCCGCGCUCCGGUUCUCCCACCUCCACGGCGUCGCUCACCGCGACGUGAAGCCGCAGAACCUCCUCCUCGACAGGGAAGGGAACCUCAAGGUCUCCGACUUCGGCCUCUCCGCUCUCCCGGAGCAUCUCCGGAACGGACUUCUCCACACGGCGUGCGGUACUCCGGCUUACACGGCGCCGGAGGUUAUCUCGCGGCGAGGAUACGACGGGGGGAAGGCCGACGCGUGGUCUUGCGGCGUGAUACUGUUCGUUCUUCUCGUCGGAGAGGUUCCUUUCGACGAUUCGAAUAUCGCUUCCAUGUAUCGGAAGAUUCAGCGGAGGGAUUACAAGUUCCCGAGCUGGAUCUCGAAGCAGGCGAGAUCGGUUAUAUAUCAGAUGCUUGAUCCGAAUCCUGUGACGAGGAUGGGGAUAGAGGCGGUUAUGAAAACCGCCUGGUUCAAGAAAUCGUUAACCGGUUCUGAAUUGGAUUUUAAUAAUAUCCUCGAACCGGAACCGGUUAUGGAGAAAUCGAGUUCGGUUACAGCUUUUGAUCUGAUCUCGCUUUCGUCGGGGUUGGAUCUCUCCGGAUUGUUUGAGAGUGAGAGGAAGAAAGAGAGGAGGUUCACGGCGAAGGUUUCCGUUGUGGAGGUGGAGGAGAAAGCGAAGGCGAUUGGGGAGAGGUUAGGUUAUGCAGUGAAGAAGACGAAGAAAGGAGUUGUGUUGGGAAGAGGGAGAACGGCGGUGGUUGUGGAGGCGGUGGAGUUAGCUGUGGGUGUUGUGGUGGUUGAUGUGAGAGUUGUUGACGGAGAAGAAGAUGAUUCACGGUGGUCCGAUUUGAUAACGGAGCUUGGAGUUGUAGUUCUCUCGUGGCACAAUGACGUCAUGUAAAUAUUUUGUUGACGUGUGUAAAACUUUAGUUGCUUUUUGUUCAAUUUUGUGUAAGAAUGACGUCAUAAAGAAUUUCAGAAACUGUUUCAGAA